GCUGUGUUCCAGGAGACCAAUGAGCUGGUGGCCAUAAAGAAGUUUAAAGACAGCGAGGAGAAUGAGGAGGUUAAAGAGACCACGCUGAGGGAGCUGAAGAUGCUGCGGACGCUGAAACAGGAGAACAUCGUGGAACUCAAAGAGGCUUUCAGGAGGAGAGGGAAACUCUACCUGGUCUUUGAAUAUGUGGAGAGGAACAUGCUGGAGUUGCUGGAGGAACUGCCUAACGGAGCACCACCUGACAAAGCCAGGAACUACAUCUACCAGCUGAUCAAAGCCAUCCACUGGUGCCAUAAGAAUGAGAUCGUACACAGAGACAUCAAGCCUGAAAACCUCCUCAUCAGCUCUGAGGAUGUUCUCAAACUCUGUGAUUUUGGCUUCGCCCGCAACCUGUCAGAGGGAAGUGAUGCCAACUACACUGAGUAUGUAGCCACUAGGUGGUACCGCUCUCCUGAGCUACUGCUGGGGGCCCCCUAUGGUAAGGCUGUAGACAUGUGGUCAGUGGGUUGUAUCCUGGGGGAGCUGAGUGAUGGCCAGCCUCUGUUCCCAGGGGAGAGUGAGAUAGAUCAACUCUUUACCAUCCAGAAGGUCCUGGGUCCUCUACCUGCUGAACAGAUGAAGCUCUUCUACAACAACCCUCGCUUCCAUGGACUACGGUUCCCCUCAGUGAAUCACCCUACAACCCUGGAGCGGAGGUAUCUGGCCAUCCUGAGUGGCCUCAUGCUGGAUCUGAUGAAGAACCUGUUGUUACUGGUCCCUUCUGACCGCUACCUGACAGAACAGAGUCUGAACCACCCAGCCUUCCAGCCCCUCCGCCUCCUGGAGCAGCCCGCCCCAGCACCACCCUCCCAACCCCCACGCUCCUCCAAGAGGAAGCCCCACAGCCACAUGGAGAACACUGUGCCCACCAGAAGCCACGGCAGUAAGAGCUCGGGUCACCGUCACUCUAACAGUAAGGAAUGUUCCAGCCUACCUCGUCAUGGCGACCUUCACCUAGGCAACGACAGCUUCCUGAACGGCAACAAGCCUGUGUCGUCCAGCCUGAGCCCCACCCUCCACCCCAAGGCUUACAUGACCCAGACCCUCAACCGCUCCAUCACCUGUAGUAAGGACUUGGUCAACAACAACAUGCCACACCUGCUCAGCCCCAAGGACACCAAGGGCACGACACAGUUUGACUUCAACCUGGUUGGUGUUGGUCCCCCAGGGGCCAAGGCUCCUGACCAGCAGGGCCCUGGAGCCAUGUACGUGAAGUCCACCUCCCGCUCUCAGCAGCAGCAACAGCAAGGGCAGGGACGACACUCUUCCUUUCUGGAGGGCAAGACCAAUACCAUGGAGAAACAACAUGGCCGCCAUGGUGGACACAACAUAGACUCCACCCACAGCUCCUCCAAGAGUUCCAGCUCCUACCUGAGCCUGUCCAAGAGCCACAGCGCCUUGAGCAACAAUGCCAAAUCUGUGGGUGGUAACCUUGGAGAUGGGGUGAGGGGCGUGCACCCCGACGACCCUUCGGCAACCCCUGGAAUCUCCGCCCGCUUCUUCCCUGCCAGCUGCCUGGACCUGAACCUCAAUGCCCCCCCUGGAAGUCCCCAGGUCCCCCGCCACAGCGAUCGCCACACUUCUGGCCACGCCCCCUGGAAGUCCCCAGGUCCCCGCCACAGCGAACGCCACUCUUCUGGCCACGCCCCCUGGAAGUCCCCAGGCCCCCGCCACAGCGAACGACACUCUUCUGGCCACGCCCCCCCUGGAAGUCCCCAGGUCCCCCGCCACAGCGAACGCCACACUUCUGGACACACAUCCAGCCACACCGGCCACUCCUCCGGCCACAGCCCCUCGUCCCGCGGCAACAACCCCCGUCUGGAGAGCUCCACCCUGGACUCAUCCUGCCGACGCGCCUCCUCUUCCAGACACAAAGCUCCAGAGGAGGCCUUGGCCCUGGGCCCGGAGCUUCUUGACCCAGGAGGAGAAGGGGAUGGUGGGGGGAACCACGGAGCUCACACCCUGGCCUCCCCCCAUGAAUCCUACCCCUACGGCCUGGGCUACACCAGUCCCUUCUCUUCCCAGCAGAGGCCUCACCGCCACUCCAUGUACGUGAGGAGGAGUGAGCGCCACAGGUCCCACGGAGGUGGGGGUGGAGGGGGUAGUGAGGGGGGCUUAAUGGUGGGUCAGGGGUUGCCCACCAGGGCUAGCAGUCUGCAGAUGCUCUCCCCCCAGCUUCAGCACCGCACCCUCACCAGACACCCCGUAGGACACUCUGUGGGAUCGUCCAGAGAGGACUGCACUGAAGACACGACCAGGAGCGAGCCGUCUUCUAAAGAGGUGGUGACCUCUCACCCCCGACCCCAGAUUAAAGACUCCACGCGGGACAACCCGGCCUCCUUUCACUCACAACGCCCUGCUAAGAACGAGGUACCAGUGGGGAUGUACCAUGAGCCCCACCCCGAGGACCCAGUCUCCUCCAGCAUGAUCUUCAGUGACUCCAUGCCCAGACGGGUAGGAAGCUUCUACAGAGUGCCCUCUCCCAGGCCAGACAACUCCUCGUCCUUCCAUGAUGGUGGGGCUCAGAGGGAGAGCAGAGGACCGCCGGUGCCAGGGGACCCAGGUGUCAUGAACAACCACUCCAAACGCCAGACUGCCUUUGACUGGAGUACUGCAGAGGCAAUGGUGAUGAACCAACCAGAGCCGGCCAAAGAGAAGGAGAAACAGGGCUUCUUCAGAUCGAUGAAGAAGAAGAAGAAGAAACCGACCAAUACCGUUCCUGGUGAUGGCCAGGACAACCUGUUUAUCCAGAAGGGGGCCAAGUCCUCGUCUUCCUCUCACCACGGCAGCCGGAGGAAGAAUCGCGAACGCUCCCGGGAUAAGGACCGCGAACGCGAACAGAGCCGAGAUCGCGACAGAGAAAGAGAGCGAGAGAGGGAGAGAGGGAGACAGAGAGAGAGAGUCAGUGACUGGCCUCAGGAGAAACAGAACCAACCCCUGAAGUCCCUACGCAGGCUCCUGCACCUCUCCCCCUCCUCCUCUUCCAGCCAACCCCCUCCUCCUUCCGACCUGCGAUUCCAGCACCUCCCCAACCCCCCCACCUCCUCCUCUAAAGGGGGAGUGUUCAGCGACGGGAGAGGUGACGGUAGGUCCCACCAGGGACACCCUAGCAGCAGCAGCUCCAGCUCUGGUCAGUCUAAGAGCCACAGGAAGCAGAGUUACCCCUCCCGGGGCAUACAGGGGCAGCUGGAGUCCAACUGGCACGCGGCGGCCCUCGCCAGGGCAGAGGGGGCUCCCGUACCCGACCAAAUGGUCGCCAACGGGCCCACCUUUACCAGACCGUCAAGGUCACGGAUGCCAAACCUCAACGACCUGAAAGAGACAGCCCUGUGAGGAGAACAUGGAAUUAGAAUUCUACCACCCAUUGACUUGAAUGGGGAUGCCCAUUCUAGGAAAAAAGGUCUAUGGAGGAGACGUCUCUCUGUCCUCAAGGGUCGUCAUGUUGAUUAGGCACCAAAAUGGAACAAAACAGACUGAAGCAGGGAGGGACAAGAUGGACUACUGUCCGAUAAGAAACGCUUAUUUUUUUGUGGUGCGUUGCGAAGCGUUUUGUAACGUUUUCAAUUGUGUGCCCUAAUGAAUAGGACUCUGGGCUCUCACUACUGCCACCUGCUGGCCGCCAGACUCACCAAUGACUAUAGAGUUCAGAAGGUUAUACUGUAUCUCUCUAAGUUCAGGACUAUAUGACUGAACUGGGAGGUGGACUGACUGGCUGUAAAAAUCUGACCUUUUUUGAUGCUUCAAACAUUUGAUAGAAUUUGUAUUGAUAUUAUAUUAUAUUAUUCAUGAAAUUCCUUUUAUUUGAUUUAAAUUAAAUUACUUUAUUUAACGAUAUGUAGGCCUAAAUGGAGAUUUAAUAAGUAUUGUAGAAUUAAUAAUUGUGUAAUAUUGCAAGAGCUUUAAAAAUAAAUGUAAAAAAGAUUAUAAGAUUCUAACUAUAUAUAAUAAUAAUUCAAUAUUUCAUCCAAAAAUAUUUAAUUGUGGAGGUUUUUCAGAAUUUCUAUUUAUUGUUGUUACAGUAUAGCCUGUUUGUUCUGUCCGUUUACUUUGUCUCUUUAGUCUAUUUAUUUGAUCUGAUUUGACACAGAGUUAUGGAGAUAUAUGUACGACAGAUGGACAAAGACAAAUGAUAUAAUGUUAUAAUGUAUGAUAAAAUAAUGAGAUACCUA